GUGAGAGCGCGUGUCUGGCAGGAGCGAAGUUCACGGCGCGCUCCCGCGCUGGAGAUCUCCGUGCCGUCUCCGCCUGUCCACCCUAAACGCGCUUUGUUUCGCGGGACAAACGCCAUACAAUGGAAAGGAUCUAUAGAAUCGUCUAGCUUUUGCAAACUCCAGCCAAACAACUUUCUGACAAUCCUCCUCGUCGUUCUUCAUCUGUAACCAUGGAGACGGUGGUGAUCGUGGCCAUAGGUGUACUCGCCACCAUCUUCUUGGCAUCAUUUCUGGCGCUGGUGGUUGUGUGCCGUCAUCGUUACUGCCACCCUCCAGACUUCCUGCACCAGUUUGAUUCCAAACCUACAGUGGAUCUGAUCGGAGCGAUGGAGACUCAGAGUGAACCGUCAGAGCUGGAGCUGGAUGAUGUUGUCAUCACUAAUCCUCACAUUGAGGCCAUGCUGGAGAACGAAGACUGGAUCGAAGAUGCCUCUGGUCUUGUGUCUCACUGCAUUGCGAUUCUGAAGAUAUGCCACACUCUCACUGAAAAGCUUGUUGCGAUGACAAUGGGCUCUGGAGCAAAGGUCAAAGCACCUGCCAGCCUCAAUGACAUCAUCACCGUGGCCAAACGCAUCAGCCCGAGGGUGGAUGACGUGGUUCGAUCUAUGUACCCUCCACUGGACCCCAUUCUUCUGGACGCCAGGGCCACAGCAUUACUAUUGUCGGUCAGUCACUUGGUACUGGUGACACGAAGCGCCUGUCACAUGUCUGGCAGCCUGGACUGGAUCGACCAAUCACUGCAUGCGGCCGAGGAUCACAUGGUCGUGUUGAGAGAGGCAGCUUUAGCAUCUGAACCAGAGAGAAGUUUGCCAGAGAGAGAGCAGUCGAUCUGAGUCACUUAGAAACAUACUGUAUGUACAGUACACACAUUAUUCAAGAACAUGUGCAUGAAUGCACCUGUAAAGAAUAUGAUAUUUAGUGGACAAUACCUCAGCACAUCCAUGAUAUGACAGAGAAAGGCAUCUUAGCUUAGCCGUACUUUCAAACUCACUCUUUC